CGCUCAGUCUCCAAUCACCACUGACAUUCCCGAUCUCAGAGCUCUCGUUAUUUCUCGCUCUGUGUGUGACGUCACCAUGUGUCUGGAAUCUGGAGAGCGUUGUCUGCGGCGCAGAGCCCCCCUUCCCAUGCUGUGUCUGCCUGACAGCCCGGCUUCCUCCUCCUCAGACCCGGAGUGUGCGGUGCCCAUCAUACCGGCCCUGAGGGCCAGGAACUGCCGCCCCGAGAUCUUCACCUUCGAUGUGGAGGCCGUACAAGCUGCACCUGCCAAGCUGGCCAGAAGGGGCACCUUAGGGCCCAGAGGCAAGAGAAGCCGCAGGGUGCAGUACCCGGCCAAGGUGCGCAAAUACCUACCGCCCCCGGAGAUUGACCGGCCCCUGCGCUGGCUCUACGUGCUGUGCCUGCUGGUCUUCAUCCAGAUCUGCUGCGAGGAGGGCAUCCAGGAGGAGCCGAGCAUGCCCACCGUGCUGAUCAUGGGGGAUCUACACAUCUAUUCCUCUUCCCCUGUGUACACAGAACCCCUGGGACUCUUCACCAAUCACAGCCAAGGGGCCCAUAUCAAUCACAGCCAGGGGGGCCACAUCCACCAUGCCACCCUCAGCUGGAUGAUGUACCAACGGUGAGAGAGAGAGGGAGAGAACCCAGCCUGAGCCCUACACAAGUCUGAUCAGAGACUGCUGCUCUCAUGAAGGGGCCCCCAGGGGCCACACUGUACCGGAUACUUGAAGAAGAAGAAGAGGAAGCACUGCUGCUGCUUCUGUGCUGCUAGCCCUGGCAGAGACCGUUCAAUGACUGACACUUGAAUCUGCCACACAGACUCUUAUUUAUCUUAAUUCUAUUGCUAUUUAUAUAUUUUUAUAUUUAUGAUGAGAUGAAGAAUUAUUUAUGGAUUGAACAAUGCUGACCGAUUUCAUGUUUGAUCACAAUACGUGUGUUAAUAAAUCCAUAUUUUAUUUAUA